GGCCCCCGAAGGAGCAGCAGAGGCAAAACCAUUGAACUGAGCGCGAGCACCGAGCUGUGAGCUCCGGGGUGAAAUGCACAGCUCAAAUUCACAAUUCUUUAACUUAUUGUAAUUCUGCGGGAAAUCUAAGGUGAAUGCGGUGAAUGUUACUUAGAUCUUGUUUUUAAGGGUGAUUGGACGACAGACUCAACGGAGUGUACUAGAAUAUUAGAGACGCAGAAUGGAGGGAUUUUACGACCAACAAGUGCCUUACUUGAUUUCAAACAACCCACAAGGGCAGAAAUGUAAUGAGAGACCUGGAAGUGAGAGAAAGAGAAAAUUCAUUAACUCUGACCUGGCUGUGGACAGUGAAGAACUGUUCCAGGAUCUCAGUCAGCUGCAGGAGGCCUGGCUCGCUGAAGCUCAAGUUCCUGACAAUGAUGAGCAGUUUGUUCCAGACUUUCAGACUGAAAACUUGGCGUUCCACGGACUGCAGCUGAAGAUUAAGAAGGAGCCGCACAGCCCCUGCUCAGAGCUGGGCUCUGCCUGCAGCCUGGGCCAGCCCUUCAGACUCAGCUAUGGGGAGAAGUGCCUGUACAACAUCAGUGCCUACGAGCCGAAGCCCCAUACGACCAUGAAGCCCUCCAGUCCGCCCACUCCCGGCAGCACUCCAGUGUCCCCACUGCACCAUGCCUCCCCCAGUUCAGCCCCCACGCCCAAACCAGACAGGACGUACCCCCACCAAGCCCCCACGCAGCCACUCCCUGACAGCUCCUUCACAAUGGACCACAGAUUUCGACGGCAGCUGUCGGAGCCCUGCCACUCCUUCCCCACACAUUCCUCAAUGUCCCGGGACGGUCGCCCCAUGUACCACAGACAGAUGUCAGAGCCAAACAUCCCGUUCCCUCCCCAAGGGUUCAAGCAGGAGUUUGCUGACCCCCUAUUCGAGCACCCUGCCAUGGUGGGGGCUCCCAUUCCUCAAGCUUACGCUCCCUCCAUGAUGAUCAAACAGGAGCCGAGAGAUUUCACCUAUGACUCUGAAGUGCCUAGCUGUCAUUCGGUCUACAUGAGACAAGAGGGUUUUCUGGCACAUACCAACAGAACUGAAGGUUGCAUGUUUGAUAAAGUCACUAGGCAUUUUUAUGAUGACACGUGUGUGGUCCCUGAAAAGCUUGAAGGUGAGAUCAAACAGGAGACUGGUCUGUACCGCGAGGCCCCUACGUACCAGCGCCGGGGCUCCCUUCAGCUUUGGCAGUUCCUGGUGGCCCUCCUGGAUGACCCCUCAAACUCUCACUUCAUCGCCUGGACCGGGCGUGGCAUGGAGUUCAAGCUGAUCGAGCCAGAGGAGGUUGCCCGUCGUUGGGGAAUUCAGAAAAAUCGUCCAGCUAUGAACUACGAUAAACUCAGUCGGUCAUUGCGUUAUUACUACGAAAAAGGAAUCAUGCAAAAGGUGGCCGGGGAGAGAUAUGUGUACAAGUUUGUCUGUGAUCCCGAGGCUCUUUUCUCCAUGGCGUUUCCUGACAAUCAGCGACCCGUGCUGAAGACUGACAUCGAGCGGCAAAUCAACGAGGAGGACACGGUGCCUCUGUCGCACUUUGAUGAGAACAUGUCGUACAUGCAGGAAGGAGGCUACUGCAACCCCCAUCCAUACAGCGAAGGCUACGUCUAUUAAUGCCCGCUCAGUGGGAUAUUCUAGUACUAUGUGGUUGGAGACUUAGACUUUCAGGCUUCUUCUGACCCCUUAUCUAUCACAACGCAGCCAUUAUCCAGGAUGGAGUGUGCACUUUAUCGACAAAGACUGACAGUGUAACCUACCCGGGCCAAGCCGAACAUCAUUUCAUUUGUUUAUGUUCAUAAGAUUUAAUAAGGUACGCUGCCUUCUUGCAAAAGAAGAGAUGUCUUGGGAAAGGAUGUCUAUGAAAGAUUUGCAAAAUCUUUGUGAAAGUUGAUCAUUCUGAGCAUUUUUUUAAAAGAUGUUACCAAAAUGGUUUUCUGUUGUUUUAGGACCGUUUGUUGUUUUUAGUUUUCUCAUCAUCAUCUCUUUUCUUACUGAUUUAAAUAAAUAAUACAAUGUAUUGUUAUGAAAUGCUUUUAAAAUACUUUAUGGUGAAGUGAUAUAAUUAUAGACUUAAAAUGGUAUAUUAUAAAAUUGAGAAUUUAGUGCACAUUUAAAAGACAUUUGCUUUGCUGCCAGUUUAAAAAUUAAUCUUACUUUUCGGAGCUUAUGCAAGAUUUAAGUCAGCAAAAUGUUUUUCAGCAUUUUUUUUUUUUUAAGUUAUUCCAAAAUUUGUGAUGUAAUUUUUCUAAUUUCUCAAAUCCCAUUGCCCAAAAUAUGUACUGACAAUAUGUACUGGCAUGCAGGAAGUAUAGUCGCUUCAUGAGCAGUGUGAUUCAGUGAAAUGUAAUUUAUGUUGCUAGAUCGCAUUGGGAAGGCCGUGUGCGCUGUGUAUUGGCAAUGCCUUCAGGGAAUCGAUGCCUACUGUGGUCAUUUCAGGCAGGUCCGAGCUCAUACACAACUUAAUUUCACUACAUCUCUUUUGUCAUGAGGGACCGAUCUUGUGAUGGCGCCAUUCAGAAGUUGUCAGAAUCUUGCGAUUCAUCUUCCCUUAGUCGAAGUUUGACAAUAUGCAUCAGUACCUGACUCAUAAUGCCCAUAAUGGUUUUGAGUUCUCCCUUGAGACGGGCUUGUCCCAUUACUUGCCCUACACGACAGGAUGCAGAAGGAAAUGAAGUCAGCAUCACUACCCCAUAUCUGUUGCCAGAAAGGGGAAUAAAACUAGUGUAAAUAUGAGUAUAUACACAAGAACUAGUAGUGCUGGCACUGUCAUGUGUAAUUACAGAGAACCAUCAAUAUAAAUCUGAAAUUUGUUUUCAUUUUUCUCCAAUCAGCUUUGCAAACUGACAACAUCCCUUCUGCUGCAUGAGGCUUGACUCAUUCAGCUAGCAAACUGACAACAUCCCUUCUGCUACAUGAGGCUUGACUCAUUUCGCUAGCAAACUGACAGCAUCCCUUCUGCUACGUGAGCCUUGACUCAUUCAGCUAGCAAACUGACAGCAUCACUUCUGCUACAUGAGGCUUGACUCAUUCAGCUAGCAAACUGACAACAUCCCUUCUGCUGCAUGAGGCUUGACUCAUUCAGCUAGCAAACUGACAACAUCCCUUCUGCUGCAUGAGGCUUGACUCAUUCAGCUAGCAAACUGACAGCAUCACUUCUGCUACAUGAGGCUUGACUCAUUCAGCUUGCAAACUGACAACAUCCCUUCUGCUGCAUGAGGCUUGACUCAUUCAGCUAGCAAACUGACAACAUCCCUUCUGCUGCAUGAGGCUUGGAAGUAAUUGUCUUCUAUAAUGCUCUGGCUCCAGCAUUGUGCAGGCCCUUUUUCUAGUUAGUAGUGUCAUUUUCACUUUUACAUACAAACCAUUAGUAAGGGGUUAUAUUUAUAUAUACUCUUUAUUCAGGAGUUCCCUACCAACUCCCCUAUAAUGUUAAAGAGUUGGAAGAUGAAUUGAAGAAAUAAAAUGGGGGAAAAAAUAAA